AGCAGCAUCAACGUGAAAAAAAUUGCAUUACAGAAACAAGAAAAAGCAACAAUUGCAUAAAUUAAAAAUUGAUUUUUUUUUUUAAUAGUUCUUCAAAAAGGACAUUCUUAGAAUCGUAUUUCUAUGCUGACAAUCUAUGGGUUCACACUAGAAUAAAGAUGUUGUGGUCAAAUCAAUAUCAGGUUCAGAUUAUCCAGAGAUGUAAUCUAGAUAACAGUUCCACAGUUAACAUUACGCAAAGGCAGAUAACACCACAGCUCAAAGAGUCAGAGACGCCAGGUAGCCUAACAUUGUAUGUUUCCUUGUUGUCUCAAAAUAUGUCUCACAACAGGAGAGAGAGAAAAUAGAGUUCAACAUAGAGUGCAAGAGAAAUUAGCACUGUGGAGGGACUGAUGCUUUAAGACUCUAGUGCUCUGAAUUCUCCCCACUCUCAGCCCCCACCCAUGAGCUCUAUGGUGGGUCAUCCGUCCGUCAUCAGUUCCUCCCGCCCACUGCAGUCUCCCAUGAUCACCCUGGGCUCUAUGAAUGGCCUGGCUUCACCAUAUUCUGUCAUCACCCCGUCUCUCACCUCACCGUCGGGUUCCUUGCCUUCUACGCCCAGUAUGAGCUUUAACACUCUCGGCAGCCCACAGAUGAAUUCCUUGAAUAUGAACUGCUCAGAAGACAUUAAGCCUCCCCCAGGAUUGACUCCUCUGGGUAACAUAAGCAGCUACCAGUGCAGCAGUCCUGGAUCCCUCUCUAAACACAUCUGUGCCAUUUGUGGGGACCGAUCUUCAGGGAAGCAUUACGGUGUUUACAGUUGUGAAGGAUGCAAAGGCUUCUUUAAAAGAACCAUUCGGAAAGACCUGACCUACAAGUGUCGAGACUGCAAAGAAUGCCUGAUUGACAAACGUCAGCGCAACCGCUGUCAGUAUUGCCGCUACCAGAAGUGCCUGGCUAUGGGCAUGAAGAGGGAAGCGGUGCAGGAUGAAAGGCAGCGCGGGAAGGAAAAGAGCGAUAAUGAGGUGGAAUCGACGAGCAGCUUUAAUGAAGAGAUGCCUGUGGAUAAGAUUCUGGAUGCAGAACUCGCAGUGGAACCCAAGACAGAGACAUACACAGAGAGCAGCCCUGGAAACUCGACAAAUGACCCGGUCACUAAUAUCUGCCAUGCAGCUGACAAGCAGCUGUUCACUCUGGUGGAGUGGGCCAAGAGGAUACCUCACUUCUCUGAUCUGCCGCUAGAUGAUCAGGUCAUUCUCCUUCGAGCAGGAUGGAAUGAGCUCCUCAUUGCUUCGUUCUCACAUCGCUCGAUCACAGUAAAAGAUGGUAUCUUACUGGGCACAGGCCUCCAUGUUCACAGGAGCAGUGCUCACAGUGCUGGAGUGGGGUCCAUUUUCAACAGGGUAUUGACUGAGCUUGUGUCAAAAAUGAAGGACAUGCAGAUGGAUAAAACAGAACUGGGCUGCCUCAGAGCCAUUGUUCUCUUUAACCCUGAUGCCAAAGGCUUGUCCAACGCAGUGGAUGUAGAAGCACUGAGGGAGAAGGUUUAUGCUUCACUUGAGACCUACACAAAACAGAAUUACCCUGACCAGCCUGGCAGGUUCGCUAAACUUUUAUUGCGCCUCCCCGCCCUCCGAUCCAUCGGCCUCAAAUGUUUGGAGCAUCUAUUUUUCUUCAAGUUGAUUGGAGACACGCCCAUAGACACAUUCCUAAUGGAAAUGCUUGAAGCGCCCCAUCAGAUUACGUGACAGGAAUACCACCUGACUAUUUUUGUACAUAAUACAAUGCAACUAAUAUAAUAAUAAAUUUGAUUUAAAAUGCAUAUUUUAUACAAAGAACAAAUUAUAAUCUGUGAAAUGUAUAGGUAAGUAAAAUAUACAGUCAAAAUACAUUUGAUCACUAUGGUGUUGAAAAUACAUUUUUCUCUGUAAAUAGCUAAUAUCAGGUGUACACUGCAAUGCAAUAAAGAUAAUUUAUUUUAUUCAAGAAAUACUUUUGUCAAGCCCAGACAAUAAAUUCUGAAGUGAAUUUUUUAAUUCUGUCUAAAUAAAUAAUUCAAUGCUAAAUCC